GCACUUGCCGCGGGCGCGCGGAGCGGGAACGGUGACAGGCACGCGUGCUUGUGCACACCCGGCUGCCGCGCGUCUCCGGGAACCCUGUCGGCCGCUGAGUGGCGGGCGGGGUUUGGGUCAGUGCCGUCUAAGGGCCGCGUUCCCGGGCGUCCCUGUCGGACGCCCCGAGCGGCCAGGCCGCACCCGCAUAGUCAGCCCCAACUCGUAUCCCCUCCCAGUGACCAGCAGGACCCACCCCCCGACGCCCCUUUCCGCUCCGGGUCAGGGUCCUCGCGGCCCAUGCUGGUCGCUGGGGCCGAACGCCACCCACCCAGCUCCUGGACCAGCCGGCGGGCCACCAUGGUGGCCUUGAGGCCUGUGUGUCUCCUCCAGGGGGGUUAAAGUGGUACAGAGCGCAGGCUGCGGGGGCUCACAGGUCCCGGGCCCGAGUCCCCGCACCAUGGCCGGGGCCAUCGCUUCCCGCAUGAGUUUCAGCUCGCUCAAGAGAAAGCAACCCAAGACGUUCACUGUGCGGAUCGUCACCAUGGACGCCGAGAUGGAGUUCAACUGCGAGAUGAAAUGGAAGGGGAAGGACCUGUUUGAUUUGGUGUGCCGCACCCUGGGGCUUCGGGAAACCUGGUUCUUUGGCCUGCAGUACACAAUCAAGGACACCGUGGCCUGGCUCAAAAUGGACAAGAAGGUGCUGGAUCAUGAUGUUUCAAAGGAAGAGCCGGUAACCUUUCACUUCCUGGCCAAAUUCUAUCCCGAGAACGCAGAGGAGGAGCUGGUGCAGGAGAUCACGCAGCAUCUGUUUUUCUUGCAGGUAAAGAAGCAAAUUUUAGAUGAGAAGAUCUACUGCCCUCCCGAAGCGUCUGUGCUCCUGGCUUCUUAUGCAGUUCAGGCUAAGUAUGGUGACUAUGACCCCUCAGUUCACAAGCGGGGAUUCUUGGCCCAGGAAGAGUUGCUUCCAAAAAGGGUGAUAAAUCUGUAUCAAAUGACUCCGGAAAUGUGGGAGGAGAGAAUAACUGCAUGGUAUGCGGAGCACCGGGGCCGGGCCAGGGACGAAGCGGAAAUGGAAUAUCUGAAGAUAGCACAGGACCUGGAAAUGUAUGGCGUGAACUACUUUGCAAUCCGGAAUAAAAAGGGCACAGAACUGCUUCUUGGAGUGGAUGCUCUGGGACUUCACAUCUAUGACCCUGAGAACAGGCUGACCCCCAAAAUCUCCUUCCCGUGGAAUGAAAUCCGAAACAUCUCAUACAGCGACAAGGAGUUUACUAUUAAACCCCUGGAUAAAAAAAUUGAUGUCUUCAAAUUUAAUUCCUCAAAACUUCGUGUUAAUAAGCUGAUUCUCCAGCUGUGUAUUGGGAACCAUGAUCUCUUCAUGAGACGGAGGAAGGCCGAUUCUUUGGAAGUUCAGCAGAUGAAAGCCCAGGCCAGGGAGGAGAAGGCCAGAAAGCAGAUGGAACGACAGCGCCUUGCGCGUGAGAAGCAGAUGAGAGAGGAAGCUGAACGCACAAGGGACGAGUUAGAGAGGCGGCUACUACAGAUGAAAGAGGAGGCAACGAUGGCCAAUGAAGCACUGAUGCGCUCUGAGGAGACAGCUGACCUGUUGGCGGAAAAGGCUCAGAUCACCGAAGAGGAGGCCAAACUCUUGGCACAGAAGGCUGCAGAGGCCGAGCAGGAAAUGCAACGCAUCAAGGCCACGGCCAUCCGCACGGAGGAGGAGAAGCGCUUGAUGGAGCAGAAAGUGCUGGAGGCAGAGGUGCUAGCACUGAAGAUGGCCGAGGAGUCUGAGAGGAGGGCCAAGGAGGCAGAUCAGCUGAAACAGGAUCUUCAGGAGGCCCGAGAGGCAGAACGGAGAGCCAAGCAGAAGCUCCUAGAAAUCACCACCAAGCCCACGUAUCCGCCUAUGAACUCAAUUCCAGCACCGCUGCCUCCUGACAUCCCAAGCUUCAACCUCAUUGGCGACAGCCUGUCUUUCGACUUCAAGGAUACUGACAUGAAGCGGCUUUCUAUGGAGAUAGAGAAAGAAAAAGUGGAAUACAUGGAGAAGAGCAAGCAUCUGCAGGAGCAACUCAAUGAACUCAAGACAGAGAUCGAGGCCUUGAAACUGAAGGAGAGAGAGACCGCCUUGGAUAUUCUGCACAACGAGAACGCCGACAGGGGCAGCACCAGCAGCAAGCACAACACCAUUAAAAAGCUCACUCUGCAGAGUGCCAAGUCCCGAGUGGCCUUCUUUGAAGAGCUGUAGCAGGUGACGCCACCCAGGACCUGCUCCCGGCAUCGGCACCAUGGGAUGGGGCAGACGCCAUGGGGACCCACCAUCGGUGGGCUGCUUGGGAAUUCCCAUUGGUUGGGAAGCUCUAGAACUUUCCCCACCAGAGUGCAGAGCCCAGACCAUUUCAUGUGCAAUUGCUCUGAACUGCGACCCUGCAGAGAGACUUCUCUCACGGGCUUCUAGUUCUCCUGACCUGAAACUUUUUUUUAAGAGGUGUUUGUCUUCC